AUGAGUUCAGCCUAUCAUCCUCAGACAGAUGAUCAGUCUGAGAGGACGAUCCAGUCAUUCGAGGACUUAUUGCGGACAUGUAUACUAGAUCACUUAGGUGCUUGGGAUGAAGUGUUACCGUUGAUUGAGUUCACCUACAAUAAUAGUUUCCAUGCAAGCAUUGGGAUGGCACCGUAUAAGGCUAUUUAUGGUCGGAGGUGCAAGACUCCCUUGUAUCUCGAGGAGGAUUGGGCCAGUGCGUAUGAGAUAGCCUUGCCCCCUCAGUUGGCCAAUCUUCACCCUGUGUUCCACGUGUCACAAUUGAGAAAGUAUGUCUUUGAUCCCUCUCAUGUGCUAGAAGCAGAGGAUGUACAGAUUCAGGAGGAUCUUACCAUGGAGGUACCACCAGUGGCUUUAGAGGGUAGCAAAGUUGAGGAACGCCGAGGAAAAAUAGUCAUCCUGGUCAAAGUCAUCUGGGAUCGGAGAGCAGGCGACUCGACUUUGGAGUUGGAAGACGAUAUGAGGAAGUCACAUCUGCAUCUGUUUCCCUGGUAA